AUUCGACACGCCUCUUCCAAGCAAUGUCUUCUUCUGUCUUAAGGUUGAUCUCUUUGGCGGUGCUCUUAGGAGCCUGCGUGUCUUACCCAGUGGAGUACGACGGAUACGGGCAGCUCCAAGCUGUGGCCUACCAGCCUGCGGCUUACCAACCUGCGGCUUACCAGUCCGCCGCAUACCACCAACCUGCACCUGUCGCACAUCACGAACCUGAGCCAUAUGACUCGCAUACUAACUCUACCGAUAUGUUCUCUCCCAUAACGAAGAGCUGCCCUCUCCUCCAAUUAACGUUACAAUCCCUUUGUAAAGGAGUGGCCUUCCAUAACAAAAACAAACGCAAGAUCUCAACUGCUGAUACAUACAAACUGCUCUCAAUGAAAGCGAGUCCUUCUCACCCACGGUACUCCUUCAACUACGGCGUCAAGGACACCCAUACCGGGGACAUCAAGCAGCAGACAGAGGAGCGGGACGGGGACGUGGUGAAGGGACAGUACUCGCUGGUGGAGCCUGACGGCAGCACUAGGACGGUGGACUACCAGGCCGAUGACCACAACGGCUUCAACGCCGUGGUCACAAGGAGCGGCCACUCAUCGCACCCCGCACCAGCGCCACAGGCCCAGCACUACGAACCCCAGCUCCUCUACCACCAAUAGUAUAGUGUACUGUGUACUGUGCCUCUAGUGUACCUUUAGUGCCAGACUGACUGCCUACAGACUUUUAUACUUGAAAUUUUUGAACCAAAAGCC